UGGCCACACUGCAAAUUGUCAGAAACUGAAAAAGCAAAAUAAAAUUUAAUAAAAUAAGCCAAAAAAUAGUUAAACAGGCAUUAAAAUGGACGAUAUACGCACCAGCAUGGAUAACAUGUUGGCGCGUUUCAACGAAAGCAUUACUCAUUCAGCCCCCAAGAAGCUGCUCUUCAACCGGCUUUCCACUUCCUUCUCCGACGACUUUGUGGCCUCUCCUAAAAAGCGUCGCCUGGAUCAGGAGCUGCCGGACAACAGCUUGAAUGCCAGCUCCAGUUCGCUAAACAAUUCCUCGACCGAUGGCCGGAGCUCCAUCGAAGCCUCCAAACUGCGCGCUGAACUAAUCGAGUCCAAGUCUAUUAUUGUGCAGCUGCAGAAUCAGUUGGAGCGGAAGAAUAUCGAGCACCGCCAGGCCAUGCUGAUAGAGGAGAACAAGAGUUCCGCUUUGAAGCAGCAGUGUGAUAUAACCAGCAAACUGCAUUCGGAGCUGGGGGAAGCCCUGAAGGCGAGCCGCAGUCGAGAGACUAUCCUUAAGGAGGAGGUCCAUCGUACCAAAACAGAGCUGGGCCAAUUGAAGCUCAAAUACGAUGACAUUGUGGCUAAUCUGGAGCAGAAGAAGUCUAUGCAGGAGCAGGACGCCCGUGAUGUUCAGUUCUGCAUUACCAGUGAGUUGGACGAGUAUCGCCGCAUUGCUCAGCGGUCCAACAUCGAGCUACAGGCCACACACACCGAGCUGGAGAGCGUCCGUCGUAGCUAUGACGAGAUUAAGGCCAGAGUUUCCGGAUACGAAGAGCUGCGCGGCAAGCACGAGAUGCAAACGCUCAGUCUCAACGUGGCCAACGAACGGAUUCGGGAUCUGGAGUCGCAGAUCAAUGCGUACAACGACUGGAAGGAAGUGACCAAGGUAUCGCAGAAGCGUCUGGCCAACGUUCCGGAAAUGCAGGCUGAGCUGGUACGCUUGCGCGCCCAAAACCAGCGCUUGAAUGAUGUGAUCGGGAAUAAAUUGCUGCUGGAGGAGCAGGUUAAUGACUACAAGACGCGCCUGGACCGAUUGGAGGGUAUCCAGGCGGAGGCGGCCAGCCUGCAGGUAAAGCUGUCGGGUGUGGAGCAGGAGCUCAAGUUGUGGGUUAAGGUGGCCCAGGAUCACUGUCUGCCCAACACUCUGGUCAGCCCCAUGGCCCUGCGCUCACGAAUUGAGCAGCUGCUGCAAGAGGAUAUUGCCCAAAUGGCUGAGAAGUCAUCUGCCAAGUGGGACACCAAGAAUUUGCAGAAUUCCCUGCGUGACAUGGAGCAAAAGUGCGCAGUUUAUUUGAAGAACAUCGAGGACCUCAAUAUCGUGCUGAAACGCCACAAGAACUUCAAGGAGCGGCUACAGCGCAAGCUGAUCACGGUCUCCAAGGAGCGUGACUUUUACAAGCAGAUGGUGGAUAACUUUGACAAGGACAUGACCAUGAGCAACACCAGUGUGGCCGACAUGACGCAGGACAUGCAGGUGCGCUAUCGCGUCGAGGUGCUGGAACGCACAGUGACUGGCUAUAAGGAGAUGUGUGCCACAUUGGAGCGAGAGAUUCAGGCAUUGCGCCAGCAGGAGAUGCUGGCUGAACCCUCCGGCGAUGGCUAUGACAGCAUUAAAAAGGAGCUGGACACGCUGCGCCUGGAAAACGAGAAGCUACGCCGGCGCAAGAGCGAAAUGGAAUUGGAGCUGAUGAAUCGCUGCCUGCUCGGGGACUUUAACAUGCGGGACUACAAGGUGGUACAUCUGAGUCAAAAUCCCGCUGCUGACGCCUACGAGUCCACCAAGAACAUGAUGGAGAAGUUGCAGGCGGAGAUUGAGCGUUUGAAGCGGAGCAACAAGAUGCUGGAGGAUGGCCAGCACGAGCAGCGCUUGAAUGAGACGACCAGCACCGGGGGCAUGACCCUGAAUUUCAAAGAGUUUAACCAAUUGCGCGCUGAUCUGGAGUCGGCCAAUGGCAAGAUGCGCAAGAUGAAGGACUGCUUCAAGGCGGCCAGCAAGGAAUACCGCGACGUCUGCUACAUGCUGUUGGGCUACAGGAUUGAUCGCAUUGGCGCCAAUAGCAACUAUCGCAUUUCCAGCAUGUAUGCCGAGAGUCCGGAUGAUUAUUUGGACAUUACCCUCAAUGAAUCCAAUUGUUUGGCUCUUUUGGAGUCACCCUACUCGCAGACUUUUAAGCCGGCUAUUGAUCAGCAACUGGCCGCUAGUAACUCCUUUCCUGCAUUCUUCUCCGCACUUACCCUUGAGCUGUUCCAAAAGGCCACAGUAACCAUAACUUAAGGAUAAGUUCAAGUGUACGAAAAAGCCAAUUUUGGCGAGAGAUUCGAGUAAAAAAUCAUAAAUUUUGUCUGCGUAAUAAAUGUUUUAUAAUUUAA